AAUGAAAUCAAGCAAGAGAAAGAGCAGGUUUACAAACGCUCCUGUGGAACAGCCUUCCGUGGAGUAUAAUCCUAAUUUAAGACCUAUUGAGCACAAGAGAGAUGAAAUUCUGUACUCAGUUGAUAAGAAUCCUUGCACGAUUGUUUGUGGAGACCCCAGUGUUGGGAAAUCAAUCCAGAUUCCAAAAUUCCUUCAUGAUGCAGGAUUUGGUAGGGAUAGAAACCGGUACAUUCUGGUGUCAAUUAUCAACGAUGUGUCCUGUAUUUCUCUUGCAAAGUCCAUUGCAAGCAACUUACAUACAUACUUAGGAGAGCAGGUUGGAUAUAGCACUAAAUUUGAAUCUGAUUUUAAUGAAGACAAAAUGUGAAUCAAAGUAGUCACUGAUGAAGUGCUUUUCAAAGAAAUUCUAAUAGAUCCUCUCCUCAUCAAAUAUGAAGCAGUUAUCCUAACCAAGAGAGAGCUUUGAGACCACCUUACAGUUGAUUGACCUUACAAUGAUAUACUUCCUGGGGUUUUAGAUAAAAUUCAGAAGGGAAGAAAGGAUCUAAAAUUGCUAAUUUCGACCAACCGUGCUCUAGAUGUUCAAAAGUACUCAGAUAUCUUCACAGAUCCUCCCCCUGUUAUUAAAGUUCUUCAUUGAAAGAUCCCACUAAGCUUGAGAUCGAUGCUUCCUCCUGUUUGUGUGAGAUACCUUUCGAAGAUAUCUCUGUUCAGGUUUUGACCAAGGAUAUUUUAUUUGGAAAAGCCUACCUAUGAUUACAUCGAGAAAGCAGUAGAGACCGUAUAUUCGAUCCACCAGAUGUCCAAGAGCGAUGGUGAUAUCCAAGUAUUCUUCACUGGAACCCAAGAAGUUGCUGACUUUAUCCAGAAAUUCGAGAACUACAAAGCUACAAACAGGCUUGGAGAUGACUUAUUUUGCGUUGCUCUGAAUAAUAACCUAGGUACUGAAGAUCUGGAGGAGGUUAUGAAACCUACACCUGCUUAUAAGCGGAAAGUUAUUUGUUCCUCUCUGGUGGCUGAAACCUCUAUAUUAGUCCCAGAUGUCACAUAUACAGUUGAUUGAUGAUUUGAGAAGUAUGAUAACAUGAUUAUCCCAGCUAGUAAGGAGGUCUGCGAAGCAAGAGCAAAGCUUUCUUCUAGGAUAAAGCAUGGCAAAGUAUUUAGACUUUGAGAAGCAAGCUACUAUGACAGAAUUCUCCCUGAUUACUCCAAACCAGCAAUUUAUAGAUGCGAUCUCAGUCUUUUGAUCUUAAGACUAAAGGCCCUGGGAGUUAAAAACAUUUGGGACUUCAAGUACCUCAACCAGCCAGAUGAGGAAGACCUUGUCAAAGCUCUAGAAGUUCUGUAUUCUCUAGGAGCCCUAACCGACGAAGCAGGUCUUACUGAAGAUAUUGGGCUAAAGCUCGCAGAACUUCCUGUGGAUCCAAAGCUAGGAGCUGCCAUACUGAAUUCUAAUCGCGAGGAAUGGAGGUGUACUGAUGAAAUCUUAUCAAUUUCAGCAUUAAUGGCAGUCGGAAAUAUCUUCCAAACCACAAUUGAUCCAAUGAGGAUAGCUAAAACAAAGAAGAAAUGUGGUGCAUUGGAAGGAGAUCAUAUUACUUUGAUAAAUAUCUUUAAUCUCUAUACCAAGAAAAACAAAAGUUCUAGGAAGGCUUUUUGUGGUGAAAUGUACCUAAACGAAAGAAAUUUGAUUAAAGCAGUCAAGAUCAAGCUUCAGUUGAAAGAAUACUUACACAUCAUGGGCGUUAAGAUUGCAAAAAGUGAUGACUACGAUGACCCUCCUGCAAUUUUAAAGUCUCUGAUCACUGGAUUCUUCACUAACAUAGCCCAAGUUCAGCUAGAUGGGUCCUACAAGAACAUUAGAUCUGGUGAAUCAAUGAAGAUUCAUCCUUCAAGCGUGCUAGCAAAUAUCAAACCUAAAUGGGUGCUCUACAAUGACAUCUUUGUUGGCACAAAGAAGUAUAUGAGAGAAGUGUCUGAGGUUGACAUUGACUGGGUGCUUGAACUCUGCCCUCACUUUUAUAAAGACACUAGGAAGGAAGUCCAGCAAGAGAAAUACAAGAAUGAGUCCAAGCUUAAUUCCAAAAGAGCCAAAGAUCUUGUCAAGCAAGACCAGCGAUUGAAGGAAAGCCAAGGAAUGAUGAAAGCUAGAUCAAAUAUGAUGAAAAAGCCCAAGGGAAAGUUCUUUAGCAGCAAGCCAAAGACAAAUGCUGUGUCUGGUCUUCUCAGCAAGAGAGUUAGGAGAAAUGAUCUUGCACCAGCACCAAAAGACGUCAAGGUUGACCCAACCAAGUUGGACAGGAUGUUCCCUAACAAAAAGGCCAAGAGGGAGAGCUCAAAGCUAUCUUUUGCUGAUGAUGAAGAUUAUUAAUAUUG